GAACAACUGUCCAGUGGGCAACUGUCUGGUGAACAACUGUUCAGUGAACAACUGUUCAGUGAACAACUGUCCAGUGGGCAACUGUCUGGUGAACAACUGUUCAGUGAGCAAUUGUCUGGUGAACAACUGUUCAGUGAACAACUGUUCAGUGGGCAACUGUCUGGUGAACAACUGUCUGGUGAACAAUGGUUCAGUGAGUAA